UUUUUCUUUAUACUCGUAUUGAAAAGUCAAUUACUAAUAAGACAUGUCCUAUCAAAAAUAAAUAAAAAUAAAAUUAAGACAUAAAUACAAGUAUAUUUUUUAAUAAAAAAUAAAAUAAUAAAAAGAAAAAGGCAACAGUUAUCUCUUAUUACCAGUAAGCUACUCUCUACUCUACUACACAGUACACUCCACUCUUCUUCUUCCUUCCUUCUUCAACCGUCCUUUCUCUCUCUAAAAAAAACCACCAUGAAAUCACUCCAAAAUCGCCAUUUCUAACACCCCUUCUCUCUCCUCCACUUUCUCUCUCUAAAACCGCCAUUAAAAUGGGGUGCACGGCUUCAAAGCUCGACAACGAAGACACUGUUCGUCGCUGCAAAGAACGCCGGCGACUAAUCAAGGACGCCGUCUUCGCGCGCCACCACCUUGCCGCCGCACACGCCGACUACUUCCGCUCACUCCGCGUCACCGGCGACGCUCUCACCGACUUCGCCGCCGGCGAACCCCUCCUCGUCGUCUCCCCUUCAACUCCUUCUGUUCUCCUCAACCAUUCUCAGAACAAUCGAAUUCCUUCAAUACCCAAAACGCUAUUUUCUCUCUCCUCCAAUUCCUCUGCUACCCAUCUCCCUAAACCCCCGCCUCCGAUUAAAACUGUCCCGUAUUCUCCGGUUGCGCAACCGCCGCCGCCUCCGCCGGAGUGUUCUCCGACGAUUGGGAGUUCGAAAGUGCCCCAUAUUUUGUCUGAUUCGAGUGUUAAAUCUGGUAAUAUUGUUGAAAAAGGGAGGGUAAAAAGGGGUCCGAAAUUGCCCCAUAUUUUGUCGGAUUCUAGUGUUUCAUCUUCAACCCCUAAAUCAUUCGCCGGAAAAUUCGAUUUUCCGGGAGAAAUGGAGACAACUUAUGUCGGUGUUCCUAAUUAUAAUUACGCAUCUACCCCUUCUCAGGCUUCUUCCGUUUGGAAUUGGGAUAAUUUCUACCCUCCUCCUUCUCCUCCUGAUUCGGAAUUCUUCCACCCUUCUGCUAAAAGUGACACCGUUUCAAGCCACCAUGUUCACCAGGGUUUCAACCACCAAGGGCAGAAUCGUCAUUUGGGUGGUGGGGAGGAGGAAAGGGAGGAGAGAGAAAGAGAGAGUGAGAGGGAAAGGGAGGAAGUUCAUUGCAGUGAGUGGGGUGAUCAUUACAGUUCAAAUUCCUCGGAUUCGGACGAUGUUGAUGAGGAGGAAGAUGAUGGGGAUAUUGAUGGAGAUGGGGAUGAUGAAAGGGAGACAAGAUCAGAGUUUUCCGAGCUUCGAACCCGGUCCCAUUUCGGUUCUUCCUCGGUUCGGAGCGAGCCGGUGGGGAUGGCUCCGCCAUUGAAGAAGGUGGAGGAGCGAUCUGAGGAUGGAGCUUCGUCGUCGAGGAGUUGGAAGAAUAAUGGGAGAGAAGUUUGUGGGAGUGAAGAGAUGAGGAUUGUUGUUAGGCAUAAGGAUCUUCAAGAGAUUGUGGCUUCUCUUAAGGAGUAUUUUGAUAAAGCUGCUGCUGCUGGUGAUCAGGUUUCUGAGAUGUUAGAGACUGGUAGAGCUCAGCUUGAUCGCAGUUUUCGACAAUUAAAGAAAACUGUAUAUCAUUCAAGCGGGGUGUUGAGUACCUUAAGCUCGACCUGGACUUCAAAGCCUCCAUUGGCUGUGAAGUAUCGGCUUGAUACCUCUGCGUUGGAAGCAACCGGAGAUUCUAAGAGUCUUUGCUCUACAUUGGAACGCCUUCUGGCGUGGGAAAAGAAGCUUUAUGAAGAAGUCAAGGCUAGAGAAAGUGUGAAGAUUGAGCAUGAGAAGAAAUUGGCAACGCUUCAGAGUCAGGAAUACAAAGGUGAUGAGGUCAAGUUGGACAAAACAAAGACUUCAAUUAAGAGACUGCAAUCUCUAAUUAUUGUGACUUCACAAGCUGUCAAUACGACAUCGUCUGCCAUUGUUGGACUGAGGGACAGUGAUCUUAUCCCACAACUCGUUGAACUUUGUCAUGGGAUGAUGUACAUGUGGAGAUCAAUGAAUCAGUUCCAUGAAGUUCAGAACCAAAUUGUUCAGCAAGUACGUGGUCUGAUAAACCGUAUAGCAAAAGGGGAAUCAACCUCUGAACUCCAUCGGCAAGCAACUCGGGACUUAGAAUCAGCUGUCUCUGCCUGGCACUCGAGUUUCUGUCGCCUUAUUAAAUUCCAACGAGACUUCGUCCGUUCUCUUCAUGGUUGGUUCAAGCUAAGCCUUCUUCCUGUUGACCACGAAUCCGCUAACAUGAUGCCGGAGCACUCAGAUGCAUAUCCCUUUUUUGAUGAGUGGAAAAAUGCCCUUGAUCGUCUUCCUGAUACCGUCACUUCAGAAGCCAUGAAAAGCUUUGUUAAUGUUGUCCAUGUGAUAUCAGCGAAGCAAACAGAGGAAUUUAAGAUCCAAAAGAGAACAGAAUCAAUAUCAAAAGAACUUGAGAAGAAAUCUACGGCUGUCAGAACCCUUGAGAAGAAGUAUUACAACUCAUAUUCCAUGGUAGGCCUUAAUUUUCCGGAUGGACCCGACAAUGGGCAGGUACUUGAUGCACGUGAUCCACUGUCCGAGAAAAAAUCUGAGCUCCAAGCCUGCCAAAGGCGAGUAGAAGACGAGAUGAUGAAACAUGCUAAAGCAGUGGAGGUAACUAGAGCGAUGACCUUGAACAACAUACAGACUGGUUUACCGGGAGUUUUUCAGGCGUUGACAAGUUUCUCCUUACUAUUCAUGGAAGGACUGGAAGCAGUGUGUACACGCUCCUACGCCAUCAAAUAGAAAGACAAAACACUUUAUAUUGCUUUCGGCCUUUUGGGGGGAUAAUUUUUUGGACUUAAGGUAAGUUUAGCUUGGAGAGGGCUUGGAAUUUUUUUGGCUGUGGCCCUUCAUUUCUUUAGCAUUACCUGUUUCUCCUUCUGGAGGGUUGUUGUCUGUAGUUCUUUGUUGUAGAUAUGUGGAAUUUUGAAAGUUCAUCAUCUUGAUAUUGGUUGAGGGAUAGAAAUUUCUCUCUUUGUACAGGAAAAUUGCUUACAUUAUGUUUGUUUUUUCUGGGGAUUUACAUAAAUUAUUCAAUAUUUUAUAAUCAAUAAAUGUCCUACUUCUCUGCCAAUCAUUUAUCUUGUAA